GGUGCCACUCUUGUAUUCGAGGUUGAACUUAUUUCCAUUGGUGACUCUCCGCCGGUGGUGAACGUGUUCAAGCAGAUCGAUAGCGACAGCGAUGAACAUCUGUCUAAAGAAGAGGUGAGGGCUGGUGGGAAUGGUGCUGGUGUGUGUACGUAUUACCCUCUUCUCUGGAUCUCAUCUGCUGCAGUCACCUACUUCAUUGUCAAUGGUUUAUAUUAAUUAUGACUUCCACUGUAUACAUUGAGUAACAGUUUGAAAAAAUAUAUAUCUUUGGAUUUAAGGUUACGAAGAAAAGUAUUGAGACUACUAUAAUGAUACAAUCAGGGGCAUGACUUCUGGAAAGGGUGUGGAGUGUCACUCACUCCAUCUUCAGAAAAAGCAUUUUUGGGGUAAAUCUGAAAAAUUGUGCGAUUAUGCAUUGGGCAACAAGGAAGCCCUGAAUAGCCAAGUUAUGCAUCAGACAACAGAGAAGUCUGGAAUAACCUGUUUAAUAUUUGAAUGAGGGCAUUUAUGAAAUUGAUCCAUCCAUAAAAUUGUUUUGUUAAAUAAUGCAGAACUUUACUUGAUGACAUAUUGUCAUAAGUAACUGAAAUUGUCAGUCAUGCAUCCUCAAUAGAUAAAUGAGGUUUAUUAAAGCAUGAAAGGAAGAAAUUAUUGUUUUCAUUAAUAGACAAUGAUGUCUGGUGGCUGGCAGUUUUUUCCACCCAAAUUCAGAUCAGCUGAACUUAUAACAUUGUCCUCUAAUCCAACAGAUUUAAUUUUUAAAAAUCAUUUGAUCACAUAUUUCCUGUGGAGAUAAUUAUUCUUUCAUUAAAGAUUUUCUGUUUUGUUUAUUUUUGCAUGCAUGCUUUCUCACUCUAGAUCAGUAAUAUAGACUUCUGCUAAUUAUCUUGCUCAGGUCAUUGGUUUUCAUUUUCAUAUUGUAUGAACAUCUCUACACAUUUUAUUUGAAACCACAAAAUACCCACAGUGAAGUGAAUCUGGUUUUACUUGGGAAAUAAAUCCAAAAAUGGAUGGAGAUAAUGUUUUUAAGAACAUCUGAACAUAUCGAAGGUACAAAUGAAUAGUUUAGUCUUCUGCUUUAAUGCAGUGUAAGUGCAGGGCAAUGAUAGUCACUGUUUUUAUAUCAUCUUGAUACUGUGACAGAUCUUAGUUGCUUAAAGGACUCCUUUUCUGAGGAAUCCUGUUUCAUCCAGAUAAAGCUAUUUGACUGAUAAGCCGAGGAUGAGUAUACAGAAACUGGUGUCUUUGUUGUAUGGUGUUUGUGUGUUCUAUUGUGUUGCAGAUGUGUGAUUUAAUUUUUCAUUUUGGAACUAGGAAAAUACUUUGGACAGUGAUGUUGGUUUUGGUGUUCUCAGUGUUUUAAAAGGGUGAAAUUUGAAGGACAUUAAUCCCUUAAUUCAUUGUAUUUAAAUGUAAUGACCUGUGGUCUUAGGUGCAGAUUCUUAUGUGACUAAAACCUAACACUAGCUUAAUUUUCCUUGAUAAUUCUUAUAUAGAAGAUGAGGCUUUGAUGUUGAUAGAUAUAGCUUAUAGAUUCUUUGAGUGGGUAUAUUGAGGCAGUGUUACUGGUUGCAGGCAUUAUUGAAAGUAACUAAAGUAACCACAUAUGUCAAAGUCCCCAGAGGCUCACUAGUAAAAUCUGAUGUGUAGAUAAUUGUUGACCUCAAUUUUUUUUCUAAAUGUUUCAAUAUAAGGAUUUUUAAAGAGGGAAAGAUAAUUAGGAAAUAGUUAGAUUUGCAGUUGCAUAUAACUGCUGAACCAAAAAACAGAAUUUCUCAUUCGGUGAACAAUGCUUGAUUAAUAUUUUCCAGAAAGAAUAAGCGGUAAAUGAUCUUUGGUUUUAUUUACAUUUAAGACUUUUUUUUCCACUGCAUAUUAUCUUUCACAUUUAAUCAGCCUUUCAUCUUUAAGGAAGUCUUUUUCAUGUCAAAGAACCCUGGGAAGUUUUGCAUUGUGGAAGAAGUCACAUGAAACAGUAUACUCAUAUGAUAUUGUUAAAUACAUGUUUUUUAUGGAUUGCACAUAUUAAUAAUUCAUUAAUAUGGUAGGAAAUUACUCUCAUUCGGAUAAUGUCUCUGCUAGGAUGGAGAGGAUCACAUGUUACACUCUUGGAGCAUCUAUGUAGCUAAGAUUAUUAUUAAUCAUGAAAUUUUAAACUAAUGCAGUUACUGGCCAAGGUAUGAGGCAACCUGUAUUGACCAUUAAGUUCUAAAAGUUUGGACCUUUGCUUUGAUGAGUUUCUGAUAAAAGCAUACAUAAUUUGAUGCCAUGAGAACUGUGUAUUCUUUUGGUGCCUUAACACAGAGCCAAUGAAAUGCUCUGCUGCUACACUGUGCCAACAUUUUCUUAGUAAGGGGCAUCCUGCAGUUAGUUAACCAUAGCCUCUCUAGUCCUGCAAAUGCAGAUGCUUGCUACACAGACUGGUUGAUAUAUGACAGUCAUCAAGCUAUACCUGACAUCUGCAUUAACGCUCUUAUGGCAAAUGUACCAUUGUGAUGCUGCAAUAAAUAAAAAAAAUCAUCAUU